AGAGCUAGAGUAGGGAUUUGAGAGUAGGAGCAGGAGGGGGGAGAGAUCAAGAAGCACAGGGAGAGAGGAAAGGGGAUUUUAGUAUGUUUAGGACUAAGUCGACGUUGGUGAAGCAGAUGUCGAUGAUGCCGGCGUGGAAGGAUAAUAAUGGGAGUAACUAUGAUGAGGAGGAAAGGAGGAAGAAUAGUGAGAAUAAUGGGAAUGGGGAGAGUGGAGGUCAUAGUCAGGGAGGAGGAGGAGGAGGAGGAGGGAUGGGAGAUAAGAAUGUUCCGGCAGCCGGAAGGUAUUUUGCGGCGUUGAGAGGACCGGAGCUUGACCAAGUCAGGGAUACGGAAGACAUCCUCCUCCCAAAAGACGAGCAGUGGCCGUUCCUCCUCCGCUUCCCCAUCAACUCCUUUGGGAUCUCUCUCGGCAGCCAAGCCGUCCUCUGGAGAUCUCUCUCCUCCUCCCCCGCCACCUCUUUCCUCCACAUAACCCCCGACAUAAACCUGGUCAUCUGGCUCCUGGCCCUCCCCCUCCUCCUCUCCGUCUCCAUCACCUACGCCCUCAAAUCCCUCUUCUACUUCGAGGCUGUCCGCCGCGAGUACUCCCAUCCUGUCCGCGUCAACUUCUUCUUCGCCCCCUGGAUCGCUUGCAUGUUCCUCACCCUUGGUGCCCCCAAGAUAUUCCUUAGCCGCUCUCACCCCCACCCCUCUCUCUUGUGCGUCUUCAUCCUGCCGAUAUUCGUCCUCGAGCUCAAGAUCUACGGCCAGUGGCUCUCUAAGCGCCGCCCUCUCAAAAGUCGGCCAACCCAUCAUCACAUUUUAUCCGUCGUCGGAAACUUUGUCGGCGCGAUCUUGCGGCGAAUGUCGGUGGGUGGGCCGGCGAAGUUCUUGUGGCGAUUGGGCUUUGCGCAUUACUGGUGGUGUUUUGUGACGCUUUAUCAGAGGCUGCCGACAGUGCUGCCGAAGGAGCUGCAUCCUGUUUACUCCAUGUUCAUUGCUACGCCGUCUGCGGCGAGUGUAUCGUGGAGGGCAAUUUAUGGGGAGUUUGAUGCGGUUUCGAGGACAUUUUUCUUUAUCGCCUUGUUUCUUUAUAUCUCGCUCGUUGUUCGGAUCAAUUUCUUCAGAGGGUUCAAGUUUUCUUUGGCUUGGUGGUCAUAUACGUUUCCUAUGGCUACGGUUAUAAAGUACGCAGAAGCCGUUCCCUGCUUCUUCAGCAAAGGGCUCGCGGUGAGCCUCUCGCUCAUGUCGUCGAUGAUGGUAGCUGUGCUAUUUGUGUUGACGCUGCUCCAUGCCUUCUGGUGGCGUACUUUGUUUCCAAAUGAUCUCGCCAUCGCCAUUUCGAAGAAUAAGAACAGGAUCAUCAACCCAAGAGUUCAACCGACUAAGUAGAAACUGCCUGGCAUAAAGGGUUAUGAUAUCAAGCUAUGGGCGAAGGAGCGUUCGCUAAUGCUUACUACUUCCAUAAGUAAAGAAGAGGAGGCGAAUGAGAGUUGAGAGGACGCACACUUCUCCCUCGAAGCUAAAAUAGAGCAAGGAAGCUGCGCGAGAGGAGAUUCUCAACUGUGUAUAGUUCUUCCAACAAAAAAAAAAUUAAUCAAUAAAUGCUUUAUAUGUAUAUACGUAAUGUCUUGUUUGGUACGUGGGAAUGAAGUCAUGUGAGAAUGGAAUUAAUGUAAGAAUGGAAUGGAAAUGAUGUGAG